AUGGCAGCACAGCAGCAGCAGCAGCGGCCGCAGCAGCUGCAGUACGCAGCACCAGCAGCGCCGCCUAUGGCUUUUGUAAAAAGCAGCGGAAAUGCAUCUUUUCUGCAGCAGCAGCAGCAGCAGCAGCAGCAGGGGCCCUUCGCCUUCUUCAGCUCCCCACAGCAGCAGCAGCAGCACGUGGUGCUAUCGCAGCCAGUGCAGCAGCAGCUGCUGCUGCAGCAGCUGCAGCAGCAGGAAGCGCCUUCCGCUGCAACCCGUUUGAUGUACCAAGUCCGCUUGAAAACACCUGAAGGAGAAGAGCACACUGUAGAGUGUGCAGAAGAUGAAUACAUUUUGGAUGCAGCAGAAGCAGCAGGAAUUGAUUUGCCCUACUCUUGUAGAGGAGGCUCUUGCAGCACCUGCGCAGGCAAGCUGCUGGAGGGCUCUAUAGACGGGACAGAACAAAGCUACUUAGACGAGCAGCAGCAGCAGCAAGGGUUUGUGCUGCUGUGCACUGCUUACCCCAAAAGCGACUGCACACAGCAGCAGCAGCAGAAGCAGCAGCAGCAGCAGAAGCAGCAGCAGCAGCAGAAGCAGCAGCAGCAGAAGCUGCAGCAACAACAGCAGCAGCAGCAGCAGCAACAGCAGCAGCAGCAGCAGCAGCAGCAUGCGCUGUCGCUCUGGCCGACCUGCCUUUAUAUCGAGGGUUUGUAG